AUGGAAGAUGGCAACGCACACAUUUGUACUGAAGAGAUGACUGAGGUGGAGCAAGAAGAGGCAGAGGACUGUGAAGAGAAUGAAGAGAAAGGCAGUCCGGAGAUUUCACAGUUGCGGGGCCUGGUGUCAGAGCUGCGUGACGGGCUCCAUGUCGCCCUGACGGAGCUGUGUGAACUGCGGCAGAGGGAUCGGAGCCUGGAGGAGCAGCUUCAGGCUCAGCAGACUGAUGUGGAUGAUAGGAUAAUGAGCUUGAAGAACUCCCUCAACACAUUCAAGGAGGAGCUUAGUACCACCUUGUUCCACAUUAAGGAGAUGUCCAGCCGGCAAAGGGAGAUUCACAGAAGAAUUGAACAACUACAGAUAGAAAAUACAAAAGAAAUUAUUUCCACUUCCCAAAGUCGUAAGAGCUCAAAGGCCGAUGUUCUGGCAGCUGCAGGGGAGGAACACAUCGGCCAAUCAGAGCUCAGCGUCAUCCAGCACUAUCUGUCCAGUCUUCCUCAUAGUGCAUCUCCACAACGGAGCAACACCUCCACACACACGUCCACGACUGACCCCGAGUCUCAGCCGCAGCGGGCCCAUGGGUGGGGAGAGAGGAAAAACAGCAGAGAUGAGGGCGAAGGCACCAACAAAAACCACAAGAGGCAGAGGGCGUCUCUGGAGCUGCUGGAGUCAGAGCGGGUCUAUGUCUCUCACCUGUCUCUGUUACUGAAGGCCAAUAUCUCCUUCAACGGAUCAGACACACUCACCACAAAAGACAAGCGUUCGUUCCCCAGCUCUCUGCGGUUCCUCAUCCAGCAGCACCUGGAGCUCCUGCACACGUUACAGGAGCGGGUGCUCAAGUGCCAGUGGCAAGGCAUCAUGGGGGAUGUUUUUAUGAGGCUCACCAGCAAAGAGAGUGAUUUCUUGGAUUUCUAUAUUUCAUACCUGAAAGAGCUCCCUGAGUGUCUCUCCGUCAUCAGUAUAGUGACCUCUGGAAGUACGGCUUCUUCUUUACUAGAGAGCGACAUUCUGGGAGAUGAGUCCAAGCCGUCUCUGUACUCGCUGCUGCUUCAGCCGGUGCAGAGGAUCCCAGAGUACCUCCUCCUGCUGCAGGCCUUGUUGAGGCAGACAGAAGCCGAGCACCCGGACUACUUCCUGCUGCUGGUGUCCAUUCAACACUUCAGAUCUUUCACCUCUCAGUAUCACCACCUGCUCCAGCACAACCAGGAACUACUGCUGCACAACCGCAAGGAAAUAAAGAGAACUUCAAUGAAACAGCUCUUAAAGACAGUGGAAAGUGGCAUACAGACUAACACUAUCGGCUCGCCCUAUCCAGCCAGCAGUGCUGUUCUGGAGCAUGCCAAGCGCAACAAGCAGCGUCUCUUGGAGCAGAUGCAGUCUCACCGUUUCCAAGACUGGGACCGUGAUUCUGAACGUUAUGAGCCCGAGUGGCCAUUUCUCAACACUGAAAUGGAGUCAAGAAACCACAAGCCACCAGGCAGUGGCCAGACUCUCAGCAAUGGUAAAGGGACAGUUUAUUCCCCAGUGAACCAGUUAAUCGACCUCUGGCUUUCAGGUCUGGGCAGUAUCCCGGAGAGUGAGGCUUCCUGCCAGCACCAUGGGACCCCCCAGCAGGGCGCCCUGGGCUCAGCAGAUGCCCUGGGGGAGUACCUCCUCCCCCCUGACCCUCCUGGGAUGCAGAGCCUGUAUGAGGAGAGAGGCUCGCUGCACGAUGUGUCCAUGUUCGACCGAUGCUCCUCUGCCUCCUCAGACUCCUCCAUUGACAUCGCCUUUGUCAAAUGUCCCAAAGGACCCUCCGCUGCCCACCAGAGGAGGGCAGACGUGCUCACCCCACAUGAGCUCUAUGGCAGCGGUGUCAGCCAAGGAAAUGGUUACAAACUCCUCCACAGAGGCUGCGUGUCUCCAGAUGAAGCCAUCCUGAUGCGCCGCAAUCAGCCACGCCCCCUGCAGGCGAGCCAGAGGAAGAGCAAGUCCCUGAAUGGCCUCCAGUUGGAGAACACUGUGACCGGCAUGGACAACAACCUUCUGUCGGAGAACCAUCACAGAGGGGCACUGGGCAGCCACGCCAAACUGGAACGCCAGGGCAGCAAGGGCAGCAAAGGUUGUGCCACUCCAUCACGCAAGAUCCAGAAUCCACAGGGAAAUAAAAUAGACACGGACAAACAGAGCGACGAUUUGCACGGGCUGCCCAGCAUCGACUCAGCUCUCCAGUGCUGGGGCGAAGAGCUGAAGUGGAGAGAAGACGACAACAACCAUACAGCUUUUAGUGAGAGAAGUCGUAAACAGGACAAAGGAGGCUUCAGGAGCUCAUUCAAGAGACUCUUCAAGAAGAAAAACAGUGAUGAGAAGAAAGACAAGAGCCAUGAGAGUCAAAAUGGGGAGCAUGAAAAGCCCACUAAACUGGUGCAUCUGGAGAUCACCCGUGGGACUGCCGUGUAA